AAUUUGACUACCAACGUCCAUAGCAAAUGACACGGCGUCCACCUCUAGUCGGGGCAUAGCGAAACUGAAAUGCAGUCUACGCGCGCUUUCUCUGCCUGUCUCUGAACUUUAUAGUGUACGUACUACGUUGUGAUACCCACUAAGUUGGCUUCCACCACUGAUACGAAACUUGAAGGUUUCUAUUACAAAAGAAGGCCCAACUCUUUGAUGGGCAUGUCUCGUUCGUGGGUUCGAGCUUUGUCAGUUCGGAAGAAGAAUGCAACUUUCGGUUUGUUCAAUAGUAAAAUCAUCGGUUUAUCUCAUAGUUUCAGCAGCUUAGUUCCCAACUCCUGCAAAGAGGCACCCAGAAACUCUUUUUGUUCAACUUCAACAGUUCACAGCUGUGAUUCUUCUACUGCCAGUUUAGGAUCAUUGCUUAAUAGAGCCUCUUUACACGGCAUUGGAACCCCAUCUCGGGGUUGGGACUGCUGUAGGUCCAUUUCUGGCCUUCCUCAUUGUUUUCUUCAGGAUUCUAGAGAAUGUUGCUCACUACCCAGUAAUGAAUUGUUAGAUUCUGAUUCCUCCAUUGGUACAACUACAAAUGGGGAUUUUGGAUCUUCCUCAGGAACCCAUGUUAAGGUUGAUGCUUUCACAACUGGGAAGGUUGAGGAAAGGUACCAAAAGCCUGUAGAUUUUACCACGGUGAACAAAAAUCUUCUUCCAACUGUUGUUCUUGUUGGACGCCCAAAUGUGGGCAAGUCGGCGCUAUUUAAUCGGUUAAUUCGGAGAAGGGAGGCUUUAGUCUUCAACACUCCUGAUGAUCAUGUUACCAGGGACUUUAGAGAAGGCAUUGCAAAAUUGGGUGAUUUACGAUUUAAAGUACUGGACUCAGCUGGUUUAGAAACUGCAGCAACUUCAGGAUCCAUUCUUGACAGAACUGCAGGAAUGACGGCAAAUGUGCUUGGAAGAUCUCAGUUUGCAAUAUUCUUAAUUGAUGCAAGAAUUGGACUGCACCCUCUUGAUGUGGAGGUUGGAAAGUGGUUGCGGAAACAUGCACCUGACAUCAAGCUUGUAGUAGCGCUGAACAAAUCAGAAUGUUUUUUUGAUGGCAAUAACUCUCUUGUCUCUGUAGCUGCUGAAGCUUACAGAUUAGGAUUUGGAGACCCAAUAGCUAUAUCAGCUGAAACUGGACUGGGUUUGCAAGAUCUUUAUGAGGCUUUGAGGCCUAAGCUUGAUGAUUAUAUGCUCAAAGUCUUGAAUGAUGAAGAUGGUGAGGGGAGUAAUUUGAGUCACGAGACUCAGGACAGCAGUUCCUCUGAGGUUGAGGAGAGUAAGUUGUCAUUACAGUUAGCGAUUGUGGGAAGGCCCAAUGUUGGGAAAUCAACCUUGUUGAAUUCAUUGUUACAAGAAGAGCGUGUUUUGGUGGGUCCAGAAGCUGGAUUGACAAGAGAUUCUAUCAGAGCCGAAUUUAAAUUUCAAGAGAGAACUAUAUACCUGGUUGAUACUGCAGGUUGGUUGCAGAGGACAAAAGAUGAGAAAGGACCCUCAUCCUUGAGCAUUGUGCAAACAAGAAAGAGUCUAAUGAGAGCUCAUGUAGUUGCUUUGGUGCUUGAUGCUGAAGAGAUUGUGAAAUCUAAGAGAAGUAUGACUCAUACUGAAGUAGUUAUAGCAAGACGAGCAGUAGAAGAAGGGCGUGGUUUAGUUGUAAUUGUGAACAAAAUGGAUCUGUUGAGAGGGCACAAAAAUUCUACCUUAUAUAAGAAAGUUAUGGAAGCUGUUCCCGAAGAAAUUCAGACUGUUAUACCUCAGGUGACUGGAAUACCAGUUGUAUUUAUAGCUGCAGUGGAGGGUAAGGGCAGGAUGGCUGUCAUGCACCAAGUCAUUGAUACAUAUGAUAAAUGGUGUUUAAGAUUGUCCACUGCUCUCCUCAACCGCUGGUUACGAAAGGUUAUGAGCAGGCAUUCGUGGAAAGAUCAGGCUGCACAGCCCAAGGUCAAAUAUUUUACACAAGUAAAGUCCCGACCGCCCACUUUUGUUGCCUUUGUGAGUGGGAAAACACGGCUUUCAGAUACAGACAUCAGGUUCUUAACAAAGUCUUUGAAGGAAGACUUCGAUUUGGGUGGAAUUCCCAUCAGGAUCAUGCAAAGAAUUGUUGAAAGAAAAGUUUCAGGGAGCAAUAACAAGCCUACCAAGUCGGCUGGCAAAAUGGCAGACAGAAUCUGGUCUGACAAGAGAAAUGCCUCUACUUAACUAACAUUCUUAGGUUGAAGAGUCGGCUUAUUUUUGCUUUCCCUCUAGUGAAGUGUUGAAUAUCAAGGAAAUCCUUUGAUACUGAGAUUCGGAGAUUCGGUAUGGGAGGGUUACAGUUUUGAGCUUUUGCGUCUGUGUUAUGUAUUACAAAAAAUUCAUACAAAUGAUAGUUCUUGUAUUCAAAAUAUGUACAUUUCAAAGUUGGGGAGAAACAGCCUAAACAUUAGGGGUGCACGGCAAGCGGUUUGUGCUGUUUUUUUAUUUGACAGUUUUAGAAAAAUGCAAUUCAUAAUUAGCCAAUAAGUGUGUGGUUUUAGUAGUUUUUUAUAGUCGGUUUUAUGUGGUUUAUGGGCGGGUUGAGUUGAUUUAAAGUUCAAAAUUAUUAAUUAAUAAUAUUUAAAAAAAACAAAAAUUUGUAGACCAUAAAA